AUGAAACGAAAAAUUAUUCAGUUAGUUAUUACAACAGCAAUAAUGUCAUGUCAACAAGCUAUAUUACACUCAUUUGAAUGCAUAUUUGAAAUAUUAAUCACAACUGGAGUCGUGGUGUAUACUUAUGGUUCUCCCAUCGAACAAAUGAGUACAUUUCUAAUAUUGUUGGGGUGUAUGUCAAAUCCAUAUAUUCUUAUUUUCAGUACAGGUGCUUUAAGAAGACGUUUUUCAAUAUCAAUUAAGAGUUUAACGGAAAGAAUGAGUACUGUUGGAACAUUUGGACAACAUACAAAAUCAUCAACUCAAUAA